AUAUUUAUCAGUCUUCUCCGACAACGCCUAGGAAGAAGAUUCUUUUUGCUGAAACUAUUAAAUCAAUCCCCAAUUAAAUCCCUAAUCCGCCAAAUUCCACUCCCAAUGAUUCAAAUCCCGAAUUUUCGCGAUUAAUUUAACAAAAUUCCACUCAAAAUUCAAUCUAUUUGAACAACAAUAACCAUGAUCAACUACCAGAAACUGUGGGUAGUGAGCUUUAUAUUGAUUUUACGGUUAGGGUUUGGGGAUGCUUUUAAAGUGCCCUUUACGGUCAAAGAUGUUCUUCCAGUGUUACCCCGGCAGAUUUCAUGGCCGGUGAUGAACAGUAUCCACAGUGCCGUGGAUUUGAUGCCGUCUUACCUUGGGUCGCUGGCUCCCCAUAAUGGGUCAAUUGACUGGAAAGGUGCUUGCUUUUUGGACAACAAAGCUCGGGUUGAAUUCACCGGCUCUGGCGAUCGCAACAUCGGCGGCGCCGUUAUUUAUCUUUCGACUGGUGAAGCUCAGAGCUGGACAUGUAUGGAUCUGUAUGUUUUUGCAACCCCUUAUAGGAUUACAUGGGAUUACUAUUUUUCUGCUCGAGACCAUACUUUGAAAAUAGAAUCUUGGGAGGAACAUGCUGAAGAGGAAUAUGUAAAGCAGCAUGGAAUUUCUGUAUUUCUCAUGCCCUCGGGAAUGCUUGGGACGAUGCUUUCAUUAGUUGAUGUAUUGCCACUAUUCUCUAAUACGGUUUGGGGCCAGAAUGCUAACCUAAAUUUUCUAAAGAAACACAUGGGUGCAACAUUUGAAAGACGUCCUCAGCCAUGGAGGGCGACUAUAAAUCCACAUGAUGUUCAUUCUGGUGAUUUCCUAGCUGUGUCAAAGAUCCGUGGUCGUUGGGGUGGUUUUGAAACACUUGAGAAGUGGGUCACUGGUGCCUUUGCUGGUCAUACAUCAGUUUGUUUGAAAGAUGAAUUGGGUAAUCUUUGGGUGGGUGAAUCUGGACAUGAGAAUGAAAAGGGAGAAGAAGUUAUAGUUGUUAUCCCCUGGGAUGAAUGGUGGCAAUUGGCACUUAAGGAUGAUUCCAAUCCUCAUAUAGCUUUGCUACCCUUACAUCCUGAUGUUCGUGCCAAGUUUAAUUCUACUGCUGCUUGGGAGUAUGCAAGGAAAAUGUCAGGCAAACCAUAUGGUUAUCAUAACAUGAUUUUCAGUUGGAUUGAUACUGUAGCUGACAACUACCCACCGCCUCUUGAUGCUCACUUGGUGAUGUCUGUCAUGUCUAUGUGGACUAGAGUGCAGCCAACUUAUGCUGCAAAUAUGUGGAACGAGGCUCUGAAUAAGCGUCUUGAGACUGAGGAGCUAAACUUGUAUGAGAUUCUUGCUGAGACUGAGAGGCGUGGAUUAAGCUUUGAUCAGCUGCUUACAAUUCCAGAACAAGAUGAGUGGGUAUACAGUGAUGGAAAAUCAACGACUUGUGUUGCUUUUAUUCUGGCGAUGUACAAGGAAGCUGGAGUAUUUGGUCCUAUUGCUGACUCUAUUCAAGUAACCGAGUUCACUAUUCGAGAUGCCUACAUGCUCAAGAUUUUUGAGAACAACCAGACACGGCUUCCAAAGUGGUGCAACAGUGGUGAUGACAUGCUCCCGUUCUGCCAGAUUCUUGGGGAGUACAGGAUGGAAUUGCCACAGUACAACACUUUAGAGCCAUAUGCUAACAUGAAUGAGAAUUGUCCUUCGCUACCUCCAACUUAUCAGAGGCCUGUUCGUUGUUAAGACUUCAGCUGUAGCCCGUAUUUAUCUGUGUUAUUCAUAUGUAGUGACGUCCGCGGAAAAUGCUUUCUCCUGUCGCUCAAGCUUUCAUUAUUUUUAUUGCUUCAUGUGAAUGCUCUAUGUGCUGUUCUUCCUCGGUACUUACUGAAAUAUCAACCUUUGUACAUAGUUUAGUUGGA